UUAGUUUAGAUUUUAAUUAGGAAAGUUUGAACUUUCAAUUUAUUAUAUAGAGGCAUGUAACCGAUGGGUAGUGGUGGUGUUUUUAUGAUGAAUUAAUUAAUUGGUUGAAACCUUGUGGUUUGCUUGGUCGUGAGACCUUCUUCCCCCUCCCCCUUUGUGUGAUUCUUCUCUUCUUCCCCACUACUCUGAGUUCAUUCGGGGUUUUCUUCCCUUUCUUCCCUAAGGCCCUCCAUCACACAUGAGUUUAGUAAUUGUAUUUAAAUAAAUGAUUGAAAAUUUGGUAAAAAAUGGAUACCAAAAAACUCCUGAUUCAGUUACAUUUAUGUUCAUUUAACUUCUUUUCUAAGAAUUUCAUGAUGGGAAUUUUGGGAUAACAUCCAAUAAAAAUAAGCUUUCAAAAAAGAAUAGUUGAAGUAUAUAAAUAAAAUUAAAUAUUUUCUUCAAUGAUGAUGGUGUCAAAUAAGCAACUAAAGUUAAGAAAUCCUUCAUAACAAAAGCUUAUUUCAUUCUCAAUAACAAUAUAUUCAUUACUCAUUUUUUACAUUGUACCUAAUGUAUUUUUUAUGGACCAUGUAUCAUAGCAACAUUACAUAUCUACAGCACGAGAACUAUCACGGCUAGGUGGAGUAUGUCAGGCACCAAUUGUACAACAUUUUGUUGAAUCUAUUUUAGGUUCAACAACAAUCAGGUGCUUUAAUCAAGAAGAGAGGUUUAUGGACACAAACCUCAAUCUAGUGGAUGUGUAUUCUCGACCGAAAUUUCAUUUCUCUGGUGCGAUGGAGUGGUUUUGCUUCCGUAUGGAUAUGUUGGCAUCCAUCACAUAUGCUUUCUUUUUGGCUUUCUUAAUCUCAGUGCCAAAGGGAGUACUUGGUCCUGGUGUUGCAGGUUUAGCAGUCACCUACGGGCUUUCUUUCACUAUGCGUGAGGUUGUAUGGGAUUUUUCAAAUCUUGAGAAUAAAAUCAUAUCUAUUGAGAGAAUUUUACAGUACACCUGCAUCCCUAGUGAACCACCACUGCUGGUAGAAGAAAAUAGUUUAGAUCAUGAAUGGCCAUCACAAGGAAAUGUUGAUAUUGUUGAUCUACAGGUUCAGUAUGCACCACAACUUCCUUUUAUCUUGCGAGGUCUCACAUGCACUUUCUCUAGAGGGAUGAAGAUUGGCAUCGUUGGGCGAACAGGAAGCGGCAAAUCAACUCUUGUACAGACUCUCUUUCGUAUGCUUGAACCCGUAUCUGGUCAAAUCUGGAUAGAUGGUAUCAACAUCUCUAAGAUUGGCCUCCAUGACUUGCGAUCUAGACUGAGCAUCAUCCCACAAGACCCCACAAUGUUUGAGGGGACUAUAAGAAGCAAUCUUGACCCGCUUGAGCAAUACACUGAUGAACAAAUAUGGGAGGUCUUAGAUAGAUGUCAGCUCAGCGAUGAAGUUAGAAAAAAGGAAGGGAAGCUUGAUUCUGUAGUGACUGAGAAUGGAGAGAAUUGGAGCAUGGGUCAAAGGCAACUAGUAUGUUUAGGGCGGGUAUUACUCAAGAGAAGCAAAGUGUUAGUACUUGAUGAAGCUACUGCAUCACUAGAUACUACAACUGAUCAUCUAAUUCAACAGACUCUUAGGCAACAAUUCUCAGGGUCUACUGUCAUCACAGUUGCACAUAGGAUAACAUCAAUUCUUAAUGCCGAUAUGGUCCUCCUCCUCGAUAAUGGUGUUUUAUUGGAAUUUGAUUCCCCAACUAAAUUGUUAGGGAUCAAGUCAUCAUCGUUUGCAAAGCUUGUGGAGGAGUAUACUCACAGAUUUAGUUGCUAGUGUUUGGGAAGCUAAUAAGUGAGUUUGUAAUAUUCAAAGUAAUGAGGCUGCAUUAAAGUAGUUGCAUUUUAUUUUGAGGACGAUAAAUUUUUAGAUCAAGGGUGCUUGUAAUUAUUAGAGUUCGCAUUGGCCUUUAGUUGUCAUAUCGAGGGUAGAAAAGAAGCUGAGAAGGGGGAAAAAAAGAAAUCUAUUUCUUCAUGCAUGUUUGUAAACCUUGGGAGAAUAUUUACAAAUCCGAUAGCAUCUCUAAACUAACACAAAUUUUUACUGCCUGUCA